AUGACGGUCGAUCCUACCUAUGAGGCGGCGGUCGUCGAGUUCCCUGAUGGGAGCGCUGCUUACGCCCAACCUUCAGCUGCCUCGAAUCAGACGUUAACUCCCCUGGAGCUAGAGGUCCGCACGGGCGAUGAAUCCUUCCUCAUCUCCCAACUCUCCAACACUACCUUCACAGACUCCCUCUUUGCCAACUUCCCCGGCACCUUCAACCCUAACAAGAUUGCCGUCUACGGACACUCCUUCGGCGGGUCUACUGCCGCCGAAACCGCCCUGCGCGACUCUCGCGUCAUCGGCGGGCUCAAUAUUGACGGCCCCAUCUACGGAUCCGUGGGCAAGCAAGGCAUUAAGGGUAAGCCGUUUGUGCUGGUAGCUAACGGCGGCGAGCCCGUGGUCGACUUCGACGAGUUUUAUAGAAAGAUUGACGCCCCAAAGAUGGACCUGGUUGUGAGGAACACGCAACACUAUGCCUUUACGGACGUGCCGUUGCUGCUGACGGUGUAUCAGAUCCCGCCUGCGUCGCAACCUACGGUAAACCAGGUGUUCGGGACAUUAAAUGGGAAGAAGGUUGAAAAGGCACUGGAUCAAAUCACUGCUGGGCUGCUGGAGUUCCUCUUUAAUGACAGGACGAAACCUCUCAAGGAUGUGGCUGGGGAUCGUGACAUUGAUGUACUGCACAGCGAUCUGCGGAAGUGCAAGUAG